AAAUGACCUUCUUGAUUGUACUCUGUCUCUCGCCUGAGAUCACUCUUUCGACUAGUGUGAACGGGUCAUCAUGGAGGAAGAGGACUCUCCCAUUUAUGCCGUCGUGCAAAAGUCGACAAAAGAAAAUGGCGAUCCUCCACCCAUUCGGUCCGAGUUCUUGGUUAGUUUCUUGGUGGAUAAACGUGGUGGAGCAUUGACAGGCUCUCGAGGUUCGGGCAUCCGCUUGAUCAUCCCACCUAAAGCCCUGGAGCAGCCCAUUCGGAUCAAGUGCUCAUAUUGCCCGCCGGAUAUCCCCAACUCCCUACCCCCACUAUUGGAUGGCGACGCCAUUGCAUCUUCGGGCGUGAUCCAACUCGAUUGUUCUCCAUCCGAGGCCAAAUUGCUCCGACCGAUGUUAAUGGAACUACCCCAUUUUUGUGAGACCGAACAAGUUGGCCGUGAGCUGAUUGUGAUCAAAUCGUUGGAUGGACUCACUUGGAGUGAGCAUAGCCAGUUCCAUUGUGCAGCUUCGGGAUGGAAUCAAACCAAUGAGGAGGACCUCUACAUGGACGUUGUGUCACAAUUACAGUUGAGCACCGUCAAAGACGACUUGGAUACGGAUCGAAUAGUUCGUGUGUCUCUGAUUUCCUUUCCUAAGUAUGUUGCCGUGGUUUCUAGGACUCGCUCCAAAUCUGCCACCAUUACCAAAGAAAAGGGUGGAAUACUCAAGAGCCAAAAUGUCACUGUGAUAUUUCCCAUGAAUUGCGUCCAGAAAAAAAUCAAAGCCGGUCUACAAGUUAGAGGAAUUAACCAAAAGAAUUUGGGAGACUUACCAUUGGGCUGGGAAACUUCCCCCGUGUUAUCUAUCAGCCCUCUAAAUCGUCGGCUUCAUGAACCUAUUGCAAUACAACUUCCCCUAGGCGGUUGGAAGUCCAGGAUUGAUCGAGAGAUCAAGGUCCUUGUAUUAAAAUCUGCAUCCGAUGCUCCUACUUGGGAGGAUUACACCCCAUACACUGCUAUCGAGUUUCAAGAUAAUGAACUACUGGUUUUCACCAAGGUAACGGGCCUGUUCUGGGUCUUCCUCACCACAAAACCGUCUUCCAAUGCCGCAGAAGUCGCCAACACCCUCUACAAAUCCAUUUCUAGCGUCCAAUAUUUGUGCGAAGUGAUUGUCUUCUAUCGUCCAGAAUUUCCCCGAGCCUGGUGCAACACGUUCCGCAUUCAUUUGACCAAUCGGAGAGGAUUAGAGCAGUUUUCCGAGAGCAAGCUUAAUAAUUGGAAACUUUGCCUCCGGAGACCCGUUUCUUUAGAAGAGGGAAAAUACCGCUUUCGGUUCAAUCAAGGCCUAGUUCUAGUAGGUCAAGAUGAGUCGAUCUUGGGACAAAUUGUGGACACAUUAGAUUUUCGUCCAUUUCUUGAAGAUUCGUUGACCUUGGUAUCAAGAAAAAUGGACCAACAGCCUUUGGUAAGACAGCCAACUCUCGAAAUGAGCAAAUCGGAUUCUGGGGCGACCGUUUUGGAUGCCGAACUUGAAGUGCAACUGUAAACCCACGAAAGUCCAAGGGCAGUAGAAUCCAUUGGAUUAAUGUAAUUAAAACUUAACGUAAACAUGUAAUGUCGAGAAGCAUUAAGUUAACAAGAACAUUUUUGAAUAAAUUAUUCGCACGUUCA